ACUAAACCUAAACUGGACAUCACCAAAGUCCGUAUAUUAGCAUUCUUGAAAGCCCUCUUUUUACCUUGCCUGUGGUGCUUUUAUUUCUGCAGCCACAUCUUCGAGGACGACAGAUGCGUACGUCCCUCGUCGCUGGUCAAGAAUGCAAAAAGGUAUAAUAGAUUCGGACACGAACAGUAUUUGGACCGUGGAGACUUUAACAGCAUUGGCAGCGCUUCGAGAAUUCGACGAGCGAAGUACGUUUCCUUCCGGCAGAACGAUUGGAUCCCUUACACUGAAUUCUCAGGACAAGACACUAGAACCAGUUGGAUCAAACAAAAGCAAAACGAGCGUUCUAUCUUUUCCAAAAGAGGUACGGCUCGUUUAAGGUGCACCGAGGGCACGUUUCGCGUGCACAGCAUUUACGGCGAUGGCAAUUGCAUGUUCCGAGCGAUCAGUUACAUUCUCUGGCGGAAUGAAGACGAGCACCGCUACCUACGUACAAUGGUCGUACAACACAUCAAAGAAAAUUGGCAGGAGUACGGGCCGUUUGUGAUGGCCGAAUGGAACAUAUCCGACCGUCAGACGUACUGCGAUUACAUGAACAUGGUUGGCACGUUCGCCAGCGAGCUCGAGUGCACCGUGGCCACGAAGAUGUACUACAUGAAUCUAUCGAUCUACCGGGAGAUCAACGAAAGGCAAGAGCUGAAACGAGUGUUCCAUAAUCACGUGAGCUCUCGAUACGAGACCGCCAGGCUAUUGUUCACCGGAAACUCGGACAGCGGUCAUUACGACGUUCUGUUUCCCGAAUGACGGGCAUUUUUCGACGAAGAGAAUGUCUGUGCUUGAAAUAAAUUCGAACACUUUCUGUUGUCUCGACGUGCUGCAGAAAUAUUGAAAAAUUAAUGUUCCUUUUUUUAAUUAGGAUA